UGCAUUUCUUUUAUCUCGAGGUCUGGGGUUAUGAUAGGUUUUUAAAAAAAAAACAUUUUCAAAUGAUUUUGACAUUUGAUUUAUUGGACCUGUUACGGCACAGCAAUAAACAUCACAGUAAUAAAUACCGUUUCGGAGAAGUUUAUCUUGAUGCACUAGGGGUAUGAUAGCAUUGAUGGAUUGCAGGACCAGGGACCCCGUUUUACGAAGCUAUCUUGACGCAAAGAUCACCUUAAAAAGCUCAUAAUAUGAAGUGCAGACAGAAUGACGGAUAAUCAUGAAAUAUUCAUCGAUGUGCCUUUUGGCAAGAUGUCACAAACGGCAAAACGUUACUGUUCUCUUGAUUUUGACAAACAUGACAAUUACUCGAUACAUACUCCUCCUAAGACACACAUUAACAAUCCGUUUUCAUAUCACAUGGGAACAGUAGGAAGAGCUACCAGGUAUCCAGACGAGCCUCGGAAUUGUACACCAAUUUCUAAAUCUGCUGAUUUGGAUAUUUUUCAAAAUAAAGAUGUCUUUUCAAUACUUCCCUUUGAAUGUCUUCCUCAUCCUCAAAAACUCAGGAAGAAGUCAUCUCAAAAAGUAAGACCACCAAGGAGAGAUUUUAAUAAAAACUUUCUAGUUGACAACCAUCUGAGACAGCUCAAGAAGAGAUAUGCUUUUACCGGAUCUUACGAAAAUGAUUGUGAACAACCUCUAGACGAAGCAGUUGAUGCCAGUAUCCUGUCUACAGAUGGUAUCAGCAACAGAUACACUGAUACGUUUGAUGCACCACUGAAUAAAAUUCAACGUACAUGUGACACCACUUUCACUGAUGCCAUAUGUGAAAACAAACAACAUCCUGGAAGACCCCAAAAAGAAACCUUUUUUACAUGCGAGGACUUUGAAACCGAAUAUACAGGUAAUCCGUUCAUGGAAACGUAUCUUGAUCUGCAGUUGAGGAAAGACUUUUUGAUGCAGCAGCACUGGCACCCCAUCAACAACAGCACCCCAGUGAAGGAGGAAUAGCUUACAUACAAACUAUGUUUAAAACGUUUGAUUUUGAAAAACUCUAUUUGUUACUAGACCUGUCUCACCCAAAAUAUUACUUUCUUUCAAAGAGUGCUUAACCUAGCUGGUUUACAUACAAGUGUAAAACCAAAUCUCACCUAUCGGAAGAGUUAAAAAACUACAGUAGAAUCUCAUUGGCUCGAACGCCCAACGGUCGAACCUACCAGUAUUCUCGAACCAAGAACAAUGUCCUUAUUUUUUCUCUAUUAAACCCUUUUAUUUUGGUGCCGAUUGGUCGAAUACCCCUGGGGUCGAACAGAAGCUUUCUCUCAAACCACUUUAUUGGUCCGAACUAUUUAGCUCGAACGACUAAGUCUAUCUGAAGAAAUACAAAAAAAUAUUUAUGUACAAAUUUUUCAUCGACCCUUUCACGUCAGUCACAAAGUAAGUUAUUAUAAAUUCAGAAGUGGAACGAAUUAAUCCUAGAUCAUAUGCCGGCUUAUCAUGUUUAUUUAACACCUAUCGGUAAUUAUCUUUCUAGUACAGACAAUUGUACUACAAUAAUCGUUAGCUGAAUGAACCUUGCAUGUAACACCAAUCAGUUGGUGAGCCUAGGCAGGCCUCGCUGUUUUACUUUAAACAUUUUAAUCGCUACUCUAUGCAUGAGCGUCGGCAUAUCUUGUUUUUAACUUGAAAUACAUGAGGGAUCAAUGUAAUGUAGUGAUUGCAACAAUAACUGGUAAAGGGUCUCCGCCUGUGCUUCAUGCACUUUAAUUUUUGCUCAACGUUGUCCAUAUAUCACAAAUGAUUCUACAACAGCAUAAUAAAGAACGAUUUUUUAAAUUAAUAAAUAUUUAUAAAUACAAACUACCAGUGUAUCUCAUCCGACAUUUGACUGCGAUUUCGUUACUCAUGAGUCAAUCGGACCAUCUCG